UCCCGUGCGUGAGCUUCACCUUCCACUCUUCAUAUGUAGAGCCGACUCUCGAGCGAUGGAAGAAGAACUGAAAUGCCCUGCGUGUAGGCACCUCUACAAAAACCCUGUUCUCUUACCGUGCUACCACUCCUUGUGUCUCAACUGUGCUCUUCACAGAGAGCAGCCGGCCCAGAACCUUCAACCUCCACCGGACGACAGUGAUAACACAGCAGACUACCCAGACGGAGACAAACUAAGCUUGGUAAGCGAGACCGAUAGUGGGGUGGUGUGUAACAGCCGGCCGAGCAGCUACAUCGGUAACCCGAACAUACUGUUUCCUCCAAUCCAGAACAGUUCCUUAUCUCUGAGCUGCCCUAUGUGCCAGAAAGUAGUCUAUUUCGACGAGCACGGAGCCAAUAACCUGCCAAAGAACAAGACAUUACAGAACAUAGUGGACAAGUACGGAGAAAGCAAGGAAUUGCCAAUCCAUUGCCAGCUGUGUGAGGAUGAACCCAUGGAGGCUACGGUCAUGUGUGAACAAUGUGAAGUGUUCUACUGUGACGACUGUAGGGAAAAGUGUCACCCACUUCGAGGACCUCUAGCUGCUCAUUCGCUGGUUAAUCCACAGCAAGGUAAGGCCACUCUUAGAUCCAGGAGUAAAGAGAAGAAGACCCACUGUGGGGAGCACUCGGCCGAGCCUCUAGGGAUGUACUGUAUGUCUUGUAAAAUCGCUGUGUGUGGUCUGUGUUUAACGGACGGUAGGCACGCCAAUCACGACGUCCAGGCUUUGGCAGGAAUGUGCAAAGCACAGAAGACGGAGCUAUCUCAGAACCUCCAUGUGCUCUCUGAGAAAGCAAAGGGAGCAACUGAGUUCAUCCAGAAGUUAAAAGGGAUCGUAGAUAAAGUACCGGAUAACUGUGCUCAGUAUGAAAGCAGAAUCUCAGCUGACUGCGACCUGAUCAUCGAAGCCAUCCACCGGAGAAAACUUAAGUUAUUGGAGUUUGUUUACCAGGAACGCGACUCGAAAAUAAAAAUUCUCCGAGAGCAAAUUUCUCACUGUGCGUCGAAGCUCCAACAUACAACCGGACUUCUUCAGUUCUGUAUCGAGGCUUUGAAGGAGACUGACGCAACGGCUUUUCUUCAGGUCGGCUCUUCAUUAGUGGAUAGGGUUUUGCAAGUGGACAUGACUUGGCACAAGGAAAUGACCUUCGUACCAAGAGUAUCGGACGAGAUUGACCUGAACCUUGAUCAUCUCUCUGUUCUACACAGUAUUGAAGAAAUGACCUUUGCCCAACUGAAAGCACCAGGGCCUCCAAUCUUAAUACCGGAAGAAUGUACAACAGAAAACAACACUAUUACCGUUGCUUGGCAACCUCAUCUUUGUAGUUUUGUGGAAUUUUAUCAGCUAGAGAUAGCUGAAACAGACAAAAUGGAAUUCAAGGAAGUGUAUAGUGGUCCAGACACUAUCUGCAGAAUAGAAAAUCUCUUGUUUAGAACACUCUACAAUAUAAGAGUUAAGGCUGUCAACAACAUAGGCUCAAGUGGUUUCAGCGAUGUCAUGUCUAUUCGAACUGACGAAGUGGCCUGGUUUAGUUUGGAUCCAUUGACUGCCCACUCUGACAUCAUACUGUCCAAUGAGAAUCAAACUGUCACGUGCGACACCUACGAACACCGCGUGGUGCUAGGAAACUUAGGUUUCUCCCAAGGGUUGCAUUACUGGGAAUUUACUAUUGAUAAAUACAAUACGAAUGCGGACCCUGGAUUUGGUGUCGCCACUUUCGAUGUGGCCAAAGACAUAAUGCUGGGUAAGGAUGACAAAGGAUGGAGUAUGUAUAUCGACCAUCAGAGAUCGUGGUUCUUACAUUCCGAUCAUCACCACAGUAGAACAGAGGGCGGAAUAGAUACAGGAUCUGUCGUUGGAGUGCUGUUAAACUUGGAUGAGCAUCAGCUAAGUUUCUAUGUUAACGAUGAACGCCAAGGCCUCGUAGCUUUCACUGGUCUCCACCAGGAAGUGUUCUACCCUGCAGUCAGUGUCAACAGAAAUGUCCAAGUUACAGUGCACACGGGAUUAGACCCUCCAGUGGAAAGUAGUGACCACGAUAGUGAAGGAGAAGGAAAGGGCGUAGGGUAGUUCUUUAGGUAAUCCUGAUCUGGUGGUGAUAUGAUCGUUAAAAUAUUAUGAAAUGAACUUCAAAAUAUCGCAGUAGAGAAUUUGAUGUAUGUUUUCUAAAAAAAAGAAAUUAAAUAACACGCUUUAAUUAAAUUAUAUUAACAACUUUUUCAGGUUUGUAUCAAAUUAUGUAAUGAAAAGAGGGGCUGUAAAAUUUUUGCUGAUGUAGUAUAGAUCUUUUUGUCCACUAGGAAUCUAAACACUUAAUCAAAGAACAGUAUUAUUAAUAUUUACAAAACAAAAACGACUACCCACUCCAGAAAAAAAACUAUUUUAUUCCAAACCGACGUUUCGUGAAAAAAGGAAUCAAACUCAAGUGACAUAUAUAAUUAAUUACAGAAGACUUGUUUUCAACUAUGAGGAGGUAGUAAAAUAUUGGAUUGAAUGCAUCCUUUGAACGACUCGUAUUAUCGUAGCCAGUAAAUAUCAUAUCGUUCAACGUUUCACAAAUAACACAGGCCUGCGAAUUUAAACUUCAUAAAAGUUGUUUUGGUUUUAAUAACGGAUUUUCCA